AUUUUAAAACAUUGUAUUACAAUGUUGAUGUUCUCUUGAAGAUUUAUUUUUUUACCGUAUCCCCUUCGUGGCCCCCGAUAUUUGCAUAGGCCAUAAUGGCGGCCUCAUGUCCUCUAUGUGGAUUGUGGUAAUACCGACUAAUUUCACUCUUUUUCGCUAUGAAAUGUGCAAAUUUUGUGACGUUAAGACAAAGAAAUAUGAUGACUUGACAAUUCGAUCUCUUCGUUGGACCAGUACCAUGUCUGCAAGAUGACAAGCAAAGUACAUCAGUUCCUCAAUGAGUCCGGGGGCAGCAACUUCACCGAGUCCGCUAUCCGGCCCCCAGUGUACGGGGAGGAAAAUGAGCUGGUUUCGAAUGGAGGAGUCUCUACUCGGAGUAGCGGCUCACACAAAAGCCAGUUGUCGAACAAAAGUCAGACAUCCUCCAAGAGUAUGGGGUCCAACCGAGGAGAUUCUCCUGCUGUCACUCCCCGCCGUUCCAACAAAGACAAGUCCGCCCAGUCAAUGAGUGUAAGCUGCAUAGACGAUGACGAAAUGGCCCCACUAGGCUUCGAACCAGAGGGCAGCGCCUCAAGUUCGCCACCAUUCAAUGAAAAUAGUACUCCCUCUUUCAUGAAAUGGGCCGAAAAUUUGAAUUAUUUACUCGAGGAUUUACAAGGUGUUGAGCAGUUUCGAAACUUCCUGGACCAAGAAGGUCUUGGUUCAUAUGCAGUAGAAUUCUGGUUUGCUUGCCAGGGUCUGAAAAAGAAAAAUUCUGGCGAGAGUAUUGCAAAUGUGAUACGCGUGAUCCAUAAAAAGUAUAUUAAAUCUGAUAAACUGCCAUGUAUAAGUGAAGCUACCAAAAGGGAUAUACAUGAAAAGUUACAAAGACGUGUGGAUCUCAAUCGUGAUAUUUUCGAUGAGGCACAAACGGAAGUGGAACAAGACAUGAGGAAUAAUACUUAUCCAUUAUUUAUUAAGUCUGAUUUAUAUGUGCAAUAUGUCCAGAAGGGUGGGGAGAGUCCUAAAAGCAGUAACACGUCAAGUGGGUCCAUUACGCGACCAGUGUCUGUGGGACCUCUUCCCCCGCUUAUGGAGGACCAGGAACUUCAAACCAAUGGGACUCACCUGUCCUCCUCCGUAUGUGGACCCCCUAUUAGUGGUAAAUGUUCAAAUGUGUCAAGGUCAAGUCAAGGAGAAAGUUCUGGUGCUAAAAAACACUCCUCCGAAGCCUUCAGUAGUUUUCCUGUGCCGUUUGCACCACAGAGGUCUGUAGCCCACCCUUACCAUGUGUCGUAUGCGCCAGUAUCUGCCCAGGACAGUGAGAUUCAGAGUCUAUCCAGUGAUGCCUUGACCGACGACACGCGCUCAAUCGACAGCAGUGUCGACAAUGACAAAAUGUGGAAAAGGCAACGCAGGGCGAUGCGCAAACGGGCAGAACAAAAUCGGGAGAGCGGAAUUCAUCAACAAUUUAUACCUCGUACUCAGAGAGCACCAAAGGACUCCAAUAUUGCUGAAGUGAAUCCUAAAAAGUUUGCAGCCCUGCUGAUGGAGAAGCUGGAGCGAGUUUUGAAGGAGCGGGAGAAAGAGGAGAAACUUCAUGCCUCUAUGAGUAGGAUUUUAGAGUCCGACCUGGAGGAAGUGGAUAGAUCAAUGUUAAACAGGACUGUGGAUCGAUCCGUAGACCGACUUGAACGACUCGACAGGUCUAUAGACCGGUCAAUAGAUCGAUCCAUGGAUCGGUCAAUAGACAGAUUAGAUCGGUCACUUGACCGGUCGGCAAUGUUGAGGAAUACGUCCUCUGCUACCUCUAUGCCUUUAAUGACAUCUGCUGUGAUAAUGGACGACGACAAUCCGAAUAGCAUUUUGGAGGAUCAUGUGUCCCGAAUAUGGGAGAGCUCCGCUCAACAGACGCCCACUCGGUCGCCUGGACAACAGUCACCGUCACUAAAGAGGUCGGCAGCCGAUCGCAAGUCAUCGGCAAAUCCCAAUCAGACAAUGCCCUUGCCCAACACCUUGCCAUCUGCAGUGCACAACAAAUCAUUUCACAAGAAACGUCCAGACUAUCAUUCCUCGUUUGACAGUGGAAUGGGCGAGGAAAAACCUAACGUGGAAACACAUCGUCACAUUCACCAUCACCAUCAUCACCAUCAUUCGCGUGACCCUAAGUCCAAGACAUAUAUUGAAAUUGAGGCUCAGCAACAUGUGAGUUGUUGGCCGGGUGAUGCUAAUUCUAGUGCGCGUGGACAAGGGUCAGGAAAUAGUGAAACUACAGAUAGGGGUCGGACUACACGCCGUGCUAAUCGUAAACAUUCGGAUACAAGCAGCAACAUAGACAGUGGAAUAAGCAUGAUCGAGUCCAUAUCGCCGAUGGCUGUGCCAAACGCUAUGGAUCCGUCAACAGAAAAGGUUCUGAGCUGGAUGCGAGACAACUCCUGGGAUAGCGAACACGUCAGUAGCGGAGCGACUGGAAGCACGGAUACCGAACGUACGGGCGGGUCCCACAAGCGUUUCCGGUCUGGCACCGCCACUUCCACACCCACUCCCCACAAGCAAGGAUCAAACAAGAAGUCAACAGGGCAUGGCUCUAGUCGGUCAGCGUCGGUGGAGAGGACUGGAAUGUUGCAGCCCUGGACAGCGAUUGCUGGUCAGGCACUGCCCACACAGCCGUUCGUCCAGGACCCUUCAAUGCCCCUCCCAACUCCACCCAACACCACCGUGCAGCUGGAGGAAGCCAAGCGCAGGCUGGAGGAGUCGCAUAUUGUGCCCGUCAAGUCAAAAUCCUUCACUGGGGUUCCGUCUAAGGAGAAAAAGGGAGCCAUGUUCAUGUCGCAGAAUAUGUCGGCUGCACGACCCUCACUACCAACAACGCGCACUGUACCGAGCGACCUCGACCUUUCUGCUGCCGAAGCAACAGUUGCCAGUAAUUCAACUGAGAAGAAGGGCAGUAAGAAAUCCUCGUCCAGCAGUGCCAACACCUCCGGGUCCGCACCCUCUGGGGCCAACGCAUCCACCCCUGGUGCCACAGCAGAUGGAGGCGAGGUCAUCAUCGGCUAUUUCUUCUGCGGGGAGCCUAUUCCCUACCGCCAUACUGUACAUGGGACACACGUCACCCUAGCACAAUUCAAACACCUCAUUGGCCGCCGUGGCAACUUCAAGUUUUUCUUCAAGAGGUUGAGUAAUGAAUUCGAGAGUGAGGUUGUUUUCGAGGAAAUCCGCGAUGACAAUGAGAUGCUUCCAUUAUGGGAAGGAAAGGUUGUGGCCAAAGUGGAAAAAGUGGAUUAAAGACAUAGAGACAGAACAAACGGAGAACAAAAGUUUCGGACAACAGUUGAAAAUGACAGAAUAUAAAAAUUCACGACAUUUUGAUGUCCCAAGAAAAAUAGUUAAAUAUUAAAACAAGUUUGUAAUUAUGCAUGUAAAUAAGUAUGUAUAUAUAAAUACAUAUAUAUAUGUGUGUACAUGUGUGUAUGACUGUGACGUGGGAGGGAGAAAUGUCAAUAGGUAUGGGUGUGUAUGAUCAAACGAUAACUGCUGACUCAGGGGUAUUUGUUGGACUGCAGCUGGCACUGUAGCCAUACGUGUGGCUACAUUAUAGAGGACAUUGUGUCCUUAACCUUUAGCAAAUAAACGAUUGUUCUUGACCUUCAGAAAAUGAACAACUGUCCUUGAACUUAAGAAAUUGGACAAUGGUCCUCGACUUCAGAUAACUAUCUUAAAAGAGAUUUUGACAUUGGGGGAAAAAAAUCUUUUGAUAAGUACAAUUUCGGGAAAGUGUUUGCACAUACGAGAAUUAAAAAAUAUAUAUUUUGAGAAUUUUAAUCUAUUAAAAAAUACUGAAAAAUGGGUUCAGAACAUUAAAAUUAUGAGCUAAUUUGCAUGUGAUGUGCAAGUCCUUGAUAAUUUUACGUUUUUUAAUGAGCAUGUAUGGAGACCAAUCAUGUAAAUGGUAUUUGUUGCCAAGUUUUAAAAAUUAUUUUUAAGAUGAAUGAAUUUUUAAGACAGAUGUGCUUAAACAUGCAUAAGAUAUACCAAAGAUUUUGAAAAUGAAAUAUCAGACAUAUAUGUUAUUGUACAUCAAUCAUCUUUUCAUUAAUUGGAAAAAAAAUUGUAUUAUUUUUUCAUUGAACAUGUUCAUUUAGAUGAAAUGAGUGUUUUCACGAUCCAAGUUUUCUGCACAUCUACGACUUUGAUCUGAAAUCCCUCAUCAAAAGAUGUUGUAUUAUAAUAUUGUAAUUAUUUUUCUUGUGUUAAUUUAUGAACCUAGUGCUACUAUUUCUGUUAGUACUUAAAUAGUUAUGACAAAUUUGAUGUAUGUAUGUAAAUUUCAACCUCUUACUGCUGGACCUGUAUGCAUUCAGAUUGCAGAUCACCCGAUUGAAUCUGCUUAGUAAAGAAGUAAUACAAAUUCCCAUCUCCUGAAAUUAUUCAUAAGAACAAUAUCAGAAUGAGAUUUGAAAAAAACCCAGUUAAAAAUAAUAAUGAUAAAUGUUUUCAAUUUAUAGGAUAACACUGUUAUUGUAGACAUGCAAGACUGAUAUUAAAUUUUUAUUGCAGCGAACAAAAAGGUCAGAAGAAGUAAUUUAAUACAUUCACUCCUAAAGUCACAUUUGAACCUUACCAAUUCAAAGACUGGGCAAGUCCAGUUUAGACGUGUAGGGUAUGUGAUACGAUGUAGGGGGCUUUCAAUGUCGUGUAAUCUUGUGUUUUGGAUACUCGAGAAAAUACUCUGUAGGGACCAGUCUAUUUCUUUACAGGUUUUAAGGUCAAUUUCCUCUAGAGCAAGAAUUUCCAAUAUUAAAAAACAUUUAGUUAUUUAAGUUAUUUAAAAUCCCCCUAUCUGAACAUUUAUUAUUGGUGGGUUUUGUGGGGGAAUUUCCAUACUUUGUACAUAAAAGGCUUGUAAGAUAAACAAGAUCACUAAAAUUAAGUUUAGCUAUAUGCCAAAAAAGAAGCCCAUAGAAUUAUUCAUUAUUAUAUCAAAUUCAGUUUUGUUUGUAAAUGGUAAAACCCCAACCCAACCUGACCCAAAAACAAGAUUGGUCCCUACCAUUGGUUUCUAUAAAAACGAAGCCGGAAUGUCCGUAGGAACAUCUGUCCAGACUAACUAGACUGCUUCGGUAAACAAUUUCAACGGAACCUUUAAAAGUUUCAUAAUUUUUAAAGGUCAUCCAAAAAAUGCUUAUAUAUGAGUUUGUUAUUAUUAUCUUGGUUGUUCAAUUUGGAAAUGCCCCCUGGUGACAGACAAGGGCAGAUUAUCUGGCUACUACGAAGUUAUUUAUUUAUUUCACUGUUCCUUCUCAGUAGUUAAUUAUGUUAAAUGCCGAGACUUGGUUGUGAUUGGGGCAUUGCCCUGUCAAUUGUUGUAAAACCGCGCGGCAUUAUCUAGAAAGUCAACUGCCAUUUUUAACAGUCGAAUCAUUUUGAUUGACCGGUACUUUUAUUCUAUCAGAGCUGUGGGCAUUUUAUUUUAAUACAUCCAACAUAAUUUUUAAACGUGAAAGAUAUUUAAUGUAAAUGAAAUCAGGUUUUUUUCUCAAAUUGUUUUUGUAAUUUAUUUACAGUACUUGUGUAUUUUAUAUUGAUGAGUUCAUCCAACUUUCUAGGAGAAGAUAAAUACAAAUUAAUAAAAAAAAAAGAGACGUAAUAAAAAAAAAGAGACGUUUCUUGCGAGACAGAAAUCAAAAAGUAGUUUUUCUACCACUUCAAAAGUCGAAACAGGGUAAUGUUUUUCUUUCGUUCAGUUUUGAAAAUCAUCAUUGCGACCAGUCAAAUCAAUGAUAGAGAUCUUUGCUCUGCGAGACCAACAGGUCACUACUGAACAUUGUACAUAUUAUAAUUAAUAAUUAUUUUAUUGACAUGUCCAAACAUUGUCAUUUAUUUGUUUUGGUUCAUAUUUCACGGAUUAGUUCAACAUUUCCAUAUGUAAUGAAUAGUUACAUUCAAUAAAAUUUUGUACUAUAACAUAUUUUAUGAAGUA